UGAUGUCAUAUAUAAACAUACCGUGCACCUGAGCAGCACACAAAUAAAACUAGAAAAAUCGUCUUGUGUUCUUAGUGCGCAGUAUCUUGCAAGCGAGUGUCAGGAACAAGGGCUCCGUACUUAGUUUAAAUAAACUGGCUCUCAUCAGAAGGUAAAAUUAACAUCGUGAAAGUAUUUCUUUGGGAACCAGGGUUUGCCCGUUGUUGGGCUCUCCCGGCCCGAGAUCAUCCAGACAUGUCGAUUAGAUUAAUCGCACAACGUCUGAUACAAGAUGGUCGUGUUAUUCUACGAUCGCUUCGCAAUAACGACCGAUUAUAUUCAAACACUCAUGCUAAAAGUCACUUCGACAAGAUACACGUUCUUCCAGUAGGCAAACCCCUGGGCCCAUCGCCUCAGGGCAGCAGCAAUGUCACCCAUGUCAGAACCCAUCUCGGUUACCUGGGAGCUCAAGCAAGACGCAUAUUCGUAGAUAAUAUUUUAAGACGAGUCACCAACAGCUUAGCUGGUGAUUUACGCAGAAAAGCUGCCAGUCGUCAUUUAUUCGGUGACUCUGCUCCAUUUUUUGCCCUAGUUGGCGUUUCCUUGGCAUCGGGAACUGGAAUCUUGACCAAAGACGAAGAAUUGGAAGGUGUCUGCUGGGAAAUACGAGAAGCAGUAUCGAAAUUGCAGUGGAUGAAACCGCAAAAUGAUAAAAAUUACGAAUCAAGUGACGUGGAGAAACCGUCAACGACAACGAGUCUUCAAGACUUUGUCUUUGGACCAGCGAUAGCCAAAGGAUGUUCUGCAGUUGUCUACGCAGCGCGAUUCAGAGAAGAUGCGCCGGUAAGUCAAGUUGGAGAUGGUCCAAUUAUCAAAGACGACGAUGAUGAUUUAUCAAGUUUUCCAUUGGCCAUAAAAAUGAUGUUUAAUUACGACGCGGAGUCUAAUUCCAUGGCUAUUUUGCGCGCAAUGUACCGCGAGACCGUACCCGCCAGGAAGUACGACCGCGGGGAAUUGACCGAUUGGGAGCAGAGAAUGGCCGAUAGCAAGCGCGUUCUUCCACCACAUCCUAACAUCGUUGCAAUGUAUCACGUCUUCGCUGAUAGAAUUCCUUACUUACCUGGUUCAUGGCAAUUGUACCCUGAUGCUUUGCCAGCUCGUAUCAAUCCCGAAGGUUCUGGCAGGAACAUGAGUUUAUUUUUGCUCAUGAAAAGGUACGACGUUACCCUAAAAGAAUACAAGAUGGACCAUCCAGCAAACAUUCAAGAGUCCAUUCUGCUGUUCGCUCAAUUACUAGAAGGCAUCGCUCACAUCAACGCCCACGGAAUCGCUCAUAGAGACCUGAAGAGUGACAAUAUUCUGCUGGACAUAUCCGAGGAGACUGACAACUGUCCGUCACUGGUAAUCACUGACUUUGGGUCAUGUCUCGCGGAUAAACAUCACGGUCUCUAUCUUCCAUUCAACUCUCACGACGUUGACAAGGGAGGAAACACAGCACUCAUGGCUCCAGAAGUUGUGACAGCUGAGCCUGGUCCCUUCACCAGCAUAAAUUAUACGAAAGCGGAUCUAUGGACUGCCGGCACGAUAGCUUAUGAAAUAUUUGGUCUAGCUAAUCCAUUUUACGGCGACAAGACUAGAGCUGCUGAAUUAAAAAAUUACACUUACGCGGACAGCGAGCUCCCAGAUCUACCGGAAACUGUUCCCAGUGUAAUUGCUGCGCUUAUUAAAAAUAUAUUGAGUCGUAAUGUUUACCAGCGAAUGAGCGCAGAAAUGGCGGCGACUAUAAUGCAGUUGUACUUAUGGGCACCCAGUGCAUGGUUAAGAAAACGCAAUAAAUUACCAUCGAGCAAUGAAAUUCUACAGUGGCUGCUUUGCUUGACGACCAAAGUCCUGUGCGAAGGCCGCGAAAUAGAAAUAUUGAAUGCGAUGCCCUCGGCAAGCACAGACCAAAAAGUUGAGAAGAAAAAUUACCGCAGAAUGAUAUCGACUCGUCUGAGUGGAAGACGUACCAUGCCAGAGUACCAGUUGAUUGCCAGUUUCCUUGGUCGGGUCAGUUUAUUUAACGUCCGCCAAGGAUUGCAGUGGAUUGAGCGGAACACGAAUUCAAACAAAUAAUUUAACUUCGUUGUAACAAUUAUUUAAAAUUUUCAGAUUUAAUUUUUAAAUGUUUAUAUUUAUUUAUUUGUUAAUUCACAAUUUUUUAAAAAUUGGCUACUUGUUACGAGAUGAUUUGAUGUUAUAGGAGAUAUUGUAUAGUAAAAAAAAAAUAUUGUUAAUUUGUCAGAUGUUUGAUUUUCAAUCCAACUGAUGAAAGUAUUUUGUACAGGACUGGGAAUGUUUAUUGAAUAUAAAUAAUGAGUAUUUAAAUUUGAAAAAAAAAUCAGUAAUUGGAAAUGAAUAAUGUAAAUAAUUUUUAAGGAAAUAAAUAUUAUUUCUUAAUUAGUAAAUUUA